AUGGCUACUGAGACGGUCACCCUCGAAUUGUCGGAUAUCACGCCCAUCGGAGGACCACAAGCGGCUGGGCUGGCUAUAUCACCAAAGACAUCGAAGAUCACACGGCCUCUGCACGACAACGAGCCAGCCAUUGAGCCAUACGAACCCGAAUACCCAACUGGAGCCAAGUUCUAUGCCAUUGUCCUUUCGCUAUGCAUGGUACUCGUCCUCUGGGGCAUGGACGAGACAAUCGUUGGGACUGCCGUGCCAGCCACAUCGGACCACUUUCACACCGUGGCCGAUGCAGGCUGGUACGCGUCGGCGUACCGUCUAAUGAGUUGCUCUUUCCAGUUCAUGUUUGGCAAGCUAUACAAGCUAUGCUCGGUCAAGCACGUUUUCCUAUCGGCAAUCACGAUAUUUCUGGUCGGCUCCGUCUUCUGUGCUGCAGCCACAUCGUCAAAGAUGUUUAUCGUUGGCCGUGCGAUCUGCGGUCUCGUCAAGGGCGGAGAGGGCAUGACCCGAAAGGAGCUGAUCAGCCAGCUGGACCUCAUCGGAAAUAUCUGCUUUGUGCCCAGUAUCACUUGCCUCUUUGUCGCACUUGGCUGGGCGAACGUCACAUAUCCGUGGUCAGACUGGCGAGUCAUUGUACCUUUCGUCGUCUUCGUCGUGCUCCUGGCUGCCUUCAUAUGGCAGCAGCGUCGCAAGCAAGAUGCCGCAACUAUACCGCCUCGCAUCAUCAAGCAACGCAACAUCAUCGCCUCUAUCAUCUUUAUUUGCUGCUGCAACUCCAGUCAGACCGUCAUCCAUUACUACAUACCCACGUACUUCCAAGCUGUCCGCGGCUUCUCACCAGCAAAGUCUGGUUAUAUGCUACUGCCGUUCAACAAAAGUUUUUCUGUUGGGAUGCUUAUGAUCGGUAGUGGCACAAGCAUGUUUGGUUACUUCACGCCGCUCAUGAUCUUCGCAUCCACCAUCAUGCCAGUGUCGACUGGUUUGAUGACGACGUGGGCAUUGGACACACCUUUGGUGACGCUGCUUGUCUACUCAGGUUUCGUCGGGUUUGCAAGCGGUAUUGGCUUCAUGGGACCGCAGAGCGCCGUGCAGAGUUCCCUGCCGCCCUCAGACAUUCCAUUGGGCAUCGCGAUUGUCCUUUUUCCCCCAGAACUUUGGCCCUGCACUGUUUUUAGCAGCCGCCCAGUCUAUAUUCAAAAAUCAGCUGGUAGAGAAUCUCAAGGGACUACCAGGACUCAGCGCCGACAUGAGCGAGCAUACAGGUCUGACUGA